GGGCUGGAGAUCGGCUCAGGAUUAUGACGUAUACAUAGAGGCAACUUGUCUUAUCCUGUCGAAAACUUCUACUCUCUGACGUUUUUAGAUUAUUUGCUGAAAAUGAACAGCGUGGGUGAAGGCUGCACUGAGCUGAAACGCGAAUAUGAUCAGUGUUUUAACCGCUGGUUCGCUGAGAAAUUCCUGAAAGGAGACCGGAGUGAAGACCCCUGCACUGAACUCUUCAAGAAAUAUCAGUCCUGUGUGAAGAAAGCUAUCAAAGAAAAGGACAUUCCUAUUGAUGGCGUGGAGUUCAUGGGUCCGAACAAAGAGAAACCAGGAAGUUGAUGAGACUUUGAACCAUAAUUCUUCUGAAUUACUUGAGGAAAAUCGUUCUGGAUUGCACUGUUGAUGUGUGCAUCAUACAUCAUGACAAAGACUUACAUUUGGGGAAUUAUUUUGGGUGCAGAGCAAAGCUCCAACACUUAACUUACCUGGAAUGCUACAGAGGACACAGCAGGUCAAUUUUGUUUUUGCUUGUAGGCAGGAAAUCUAUACAUGGUAGAUGUAAUAAUGCUGUUUAAAAUGUUGGAUAAGUGGAAUACUAAGGAGCUGCUGUUAACAUGCCUCUGAAAUAUGACUAAUACAUUUUAAAUUGAA